AAAAGAAGAAAACCGAAAAAGAGUAGAAAAUGGCGAACUUUGCGUGUUGGGUUGAUUUUCAUUUUUGGAAACUUUUCUAAAAAUUUCUCCCACAAAAUAAAACAAUAAAAAACCCAAAAAUAUCAUAAAUUGAUCGGUGAACGGUUUGUCUAUAAGUUUAUGUGUUUAAUUCUAUGGAUUUCCCUGAAUUGAGUUCUAAAACUAAAAUAAAAUAUCGACCAUACAGAAAAAAGUUCCAAUUUUUUCCCUUCGAUUUCGAUAUUAUUUCUUGUUCGACGUCGUUUUUCUUCGUUUCUCGGUUGCGGUUCCUUCUUGCCGCGGCGCUGAAUCGGUUCAUAGGCCACCAAAGACGAGGUGGAGACACACGGGAAUGAAAAAAGAAAAUAAAGUAAAACGCGAGUGACGGACAGACGAACGGACGGAUGGAAUUGAAUCAAAAAAUAAUAAAAAAAAAUGUGAAGAAAACUCAACUCUUGUGUGUGUAAAGUAAUUUUCUUAUAUUUUUCUUUCUCGUACAAACCGAGGAAAAUACAGAAAACAUUUUCGCUUAGAGUUUUCGUCAAAUUUUACAUUUUUGAAAUAAGUUUCUUUGAUCCAGCUUCUUCACCUCCACCUGCCCCCCUAACCGAUAAUCUGAUCUACGGUUCAUCUGACAAAAACAAUGUUAAUUUGUAAUUAAUUGCCUUAUUUUGUUUUUUUUUUUUCUUAUAUCUUAUUUCCCUUCAUCAUCAAGUGGAUAUAGCUGGAAGAAGAAAAAGUGAAGAAAGGAAAAGCACGUUUUCUUUUUCAAUAAUACAAAAAAUGUAUCAUAAAAAAUAAAAAACAACAAAAAAUAGUGAAUUAACUUAAACAAAAAGAAAAACAAAAUAAAAAAAAAUAUUUAAAUAAAUACAAAAUAAUUAAACUAAAAAAAAAAUAAUUAUUUUACAACAAAAUAUCAUCAACACAUAAAUAAAAUUCACACACCAAAUAAAAAUUGUUUAUUAUCUUUUAAACAAAAAUAAAAAAUAAAAUACAUAACUAAAAAUUAUUAAUACUUGCAUCAUCAACUACAAAAAUCAAAAAAAAAAACUUAACUAAACAUUUCUACAAAAUAGAAACAAAAUCAAAAACAAAAAAUCUAAUGAUUUCUUCAAAAACAACAAGAACCACAACAACAACAAAGAAAACAUCAAGAAAUGAAUCACAAUGAGAGACUUUAGUAAGAAGCUUACUAAACCCAAUGAAAUGGAUAUGAAGAAAAUACCAAAACCACGGUACUACAAACUUUAAUUUUUGAAAUAUAUCUAAUUAAUUGCAAGUAAGAGAAAACAAGAAAAAACAAAACGAGAAAACAAUGAAACAAAUAAAUAAUAAUAAUUAUCAAAUAAAAAAUAAACAAUACUGGCCCAAGAGUGCAACCUUAUGGCACACCACUUGAACACUUGUUGUUUCAAAUUUGACGUUUCUAUGUGAAUUCGGCGAGGACCUAAACCUCAACAAACCAACACCCACUAUUAUUUUUCUUAUUAUUUGUUGGGUGUAGGUUGGUGCGCGUUUUUUAAAUAAUUAAAGAAACAAACAAUGAUUUCUUGCAUAAUACUCUGACCAAACUUGUAUCAAGCUACAACAAACAAAUGGAAGUUUUUUGUAUGUCUUUAAUUUCAUCUUGAAAUUCCUAAACACAAGAAGCAAACAUUAAAAAGGACAUUUUUGCCAAAACUUUAAGAUUGACUGUUGUGUGUGUAAUGACUGUGUGACUUUUGAUGACGAUAUUAUACUACUUCUUCAUGCAGCUUUGGAUCUCCACAAUUUAUAUAUAUUUUUUGUGUUUCACACGCAUAAAUGCACACCGCACACAUCAGGUACCUACCUCUAUAUAGAGUACACUAAGUACAUUGAGUACUGAGUACUAGUAGGUUGAUAUAGAAUAACAGCAAUAAUAAUAAUCAACAACAACAGACAAAAUGGAAGACUACGACCGCCGGGAACGUAGAGAACGUGAUAAGUUGGCCCGCCAACAAGUUCAACACAACGAUCGGCAACAGGGGCUCUUUCGGGAACCAAUAAGGGUUGAUCCAUCAGAAGGUGAUCAAAUAAUCACAAGUAAGUUGGGUGAUUUUUCAAUGGCCAAAACAUUGAUUGAACAAAAGGGUUUUAUUGGAAUAACAUCGGGUCGAAGGCCACCUCCAAUGCAACCACCGCCACCUCAACCGAUGCCACCACAGUCGAGUAGUAGUAGUAAUAACAAUCGCCUGCCACUACCACCGCCCUCACACAACUAUCAACAGCAACAACAACAGCAAACGCAUCCACCGCAAUCGCGUUUGCCUUAUAUGAAACAAGCGGAUAACAAACCACCAUAUAGCGGACGUGGUGGUUAUCCAGGUCAGCCGGUUAAAAAUGAUAUUCGAUCGAGUAGCGGCAUGGCCCCUCCUAGAGGACCACCACCACAAUCAUCCUCUUCGUCAAAUCUCCUACCGCCACCAGCUACUUCAAUUAUGCCCAAUGGAAGACAAGGCGGUAGUAGCAGUAGCAGUAAAAUGGGACACCAUCCGUCGUCAUCGUCGUCUUCAUUACACAAUGGCCAUUUCUCACAGCCAUCGAUACCAAAUAUGCACAAGAUUCCCGAUAUCAAUUCGAUUCUAAGCGAAAUGAUGACUUCGGUGACGCCACACACGGAAAUCAGUGCAACGCCGAGAAUACAAAUCGAUAAUUACGAUUUAAAUGGACCCAAUAGGCACAAAUACUCUUUAGCUCCGCCGAUACCCAAACCGCCAAAGGAGUCACCGGUUAAACCAUCCAAAGAAAAGAUGUUGGUGCCAAAUUCAACUAUCCUGGACCAUGAUCUGGAACUUUCCGAGAGUGACGAUGAACGUAAAAAACAGACUUCUGUUGAUCAGACGUCUGCAAAUUCAAGUGAAAGCUCUGAAAGUAAUUCCAGUGAAUCGGGUAGCGAGGAAUCGAAUGGUACUAAAGUCGAACCGGCCCCACCGCCAGCGCCUCCUUCGAAUCAAUACGAUUGGAGUUUAGGUCGUUUCUUUAAUAAACAAGCAGCGACGCAGGCGCAAAAUGAUGCAUCUCCACACAGUGGCCUGGGUGUGGUUGGUGUUGGAGGCGUUAUGCCAACAGCACAUCAAAUUCCUGAGCCAAGCAUUAAAAAUGAACCAUCAAUGCCAGUCGAUGAUGAUCAUAUGGGAUCUGCAUCGAUAUCCCCACUUCGAGAGCCACCGAUUUUGGCACAUUUAGCCCAGCAACAACAACAGCAACCAUUAUCGCCAAUUAUGAAUCACCUGCCUGCGAUUGGAGAAAUCAAAAAAGAAAGCGAUUCAUUAUUUCCAAUGCCAGGAAAGCUGCAUCCAUCAUCCACGGCAGCAGCAGCAGCGGCGGCUGCUGCAAUGGUGGGGAUGGAUGAAUUUGUGACAAUCCAACCGGGACAGAUAAAGAAUGAAUCGUUUGAGAAGAGUCCUUCAUCGAGUCCCAUUCAAGAUGAGAAGCAACUAUAUGCCGUGGAAUCGGAUCAGUCGUCGGCGAUUUUUGAAGCGGCCGCCGAAUAUGAAGGCAUCAAGCCGCUGUCGGGACUGAGUGACAGCAGUAGUUGUGAGACCGUUCCGGAAGCGGAGAAGCCAAUGGUGCCGCCAGCAGUUUUGGCUCCGCCAUCACCACUGCCGCCUGUUAUUCCAGCACCGGUUGUUGUUCCGAUGGUGCCAAAGCCCUCACCAAAGUUGAAAAGCUCUACUUCCCCUCCCACUGCCGGCAGAAAGAGGCGGAAAAGACUGCCCAAAGAUAAAAAGCAAUCCGGCAUGGAUUGCUCUAGUGACGAGGAAGACGGCGACUACUCGAAUACAGUGUCGCCAGCCAAAUCUGCGGGAGACGGCCCCGAGAAGAAAGGUCGUGGUCGACCGCGAAAAAAUACUCCUAGUGGCAAUAUCAGUUCGGCGUCCUCUACCAAAGGACCCACGCUGACGGCCAAGAAGGAAGUUGGACAAGGUGCUAUCAAAAAGACCACAGCCAGGCGACGGAUGUCUCGACAGAAUUCUGUACAAAAACUCAAUAUCAAAAGUCGAGAAACCAUCGAUACCUCCGAUCCAAGUUCGUCAGAAGACGAAGACAAGGGUGUUGGUAAUGUUGGGGGUGGUGGGUCCGGCUCUGGCACCGGUAUUGUCAGUGGAGUUGGAAGCGGCAGCAAAGCUAGCCGAGGUCGGGUGCUGCCAACAAAAGCAGCGAAAAAGGCUAAUGUGAUGCCAGUGGUAUCAGCGCCAGCAAGUCGACCUGUAGCUAUACCACCACCAGUUUUGAAACACGAAGUGGUUGUGCCUGUAGCUCCGGUAUCCAAUCGGAGAAUAGUAAAGCAAAUAAAUAAACGAGCGCCAGUGGAGAAAUCAUCAUCGGACGACGACGACGAUGACGAUGAUGACGACGACGAUGAUGAUGAUGACAAAAGUGAUGGCAAAAGUGAUGACGAUGAUAAGGAUUCAUCGUCCAGCACUUCAUCAUCGUCAGAUACUUCCAUUGAUGAUCGCUUAUCACCAACACGUGUUGCUAAUGAAAAUACAACACACAGCAUGGGUGCUUCAGGACCAGGUGGCAGUAACAGCUCUCACCGGCAUCAAUACUCACCAAUUAAAAAGCCAUCCAGCAAGAGCAAAGUAUCGUUGUCCUCAUGCAGCGAUGAUCAUUCCGACAGCGAAAGUGAAAAAUCCAGAAGAGAUAAGAAAAUCCGUGAUAAAACAAAAAGUGAUAAAAACAAAAGUGAUACCUUAAGAAAACUCUUCAAUUUAAGAGAUGGCGGAGCCAAAAACAAGGGACAAGUCCUAAUUGUUGAUCAAUCGGAAGAAUUACAAAAUCAAGCCAAGGAACAACAGCUUCAUCAUCACCAACAGCAGCAGCAACUCCAACAUCAACAACAACAACCACAGUUGCAUACAGCAACAACACCAAAUGCCACAGCAACACCAAUAGCAGCUGCAGCAGCAGUUACACCAACAACCACAACCACAACUCAUCAUCAUGAGAAACUCUUAUCACCAAUAGCCUUUAAAAGUAAUAUUAGUAAUAGUACUGAAAACCUUAUACAGCAGCAAUCAAUUCUAAACUACAACACAAAUAAUAAUAAUAACGGAAGCAACAACAACAACAACAACAGCAGCAGCAACAUUAAUAGUCAUAUUCUUAAUAAUUCUAAUUCUUUAUUAAUAAAUAAUAAUUCUAAUCAUAGUAACAAUAGCAAUACAAUACCAACAUCGCAGUUGGUUGAUCAACAGCCGCGUUUAAAGUCACCCAGAAUUAUGACUCCCACUCAGGCGAUGACACCGACUGGAGUGGCGGGGAUUCUGGCCGCCAAGACACCCGAUCGCAGUUCGGUGGAAAGGAAGAUGAGCACAAGAAUCGCAACUCCAACACGGACGCCAACUCGAACACCAAACCGAACUCCCACACGCACUCCCACGCCUACAACGCAACUCGCCAACAUCCCCUCGCCGCAUUUAUCUCCAGCCCCGGGUGUUGUUUACGGGCCGCCAGUAAUUCCACAUCACACACUCAUAUGCAAAAUUGAUUUGUCUCGAUUGCCGCGCCAGAAUCCCGACUGGAAGAAAAACCCCUACCGACUGUAUGGACUGAGUCCUCCCAUCAGCAGCCCAGUAGCUGGUGAUGCUAUACUGGCAGCCGACCUGGCCGCCAGCAAUCGACAAAAGACAACACCACGAAGUGGUUCCUCGACGCCGACAGCUCUUCUGGGUUCAGUAGCAGUAACAGCGACGUCAACUGCACCAAUUCUAUCGGGAUCAAAAAGUACCACCACCACAACAAAUGGCGGGCUAUUUGAGACUAAUGAGAAUGUAAAUCUGACCAAGCCAAUUGUCGAUGGAUCUGUAGAUCGCGGUGGCGGUGGCGGUGGCGAAACACCUCCCAAGCCUAGUGACUACUCCUCAGAAAAGCACCUGCAUCAUCCAAACAAUGGUUAUGUUGUGGGGCGAGUUCCUCCAACGACGUCGUCGACAACCACAACAACUGCUGGUGACAUCAAACACGAGAACAUCAAGUACGAGCAGGACGAGUACAAUGCAAAGUACAAUCUAAAGCUUGCCGGUGUCAAGCAGGAGCAACUAAUCAAAAAUGAAUUUAAGCCUGGCAAUGGAAACGUUGUAAAUUCUGGAAAUGGUGCUGAUGAUGCAUUAAUUACAGCUUCAACCAAUUCGGCUUUGACAAUGGAAGAGAAACAACGACCGAUAUCGCCUUCCUCAUUGAGCAAUUGCAGUAGCAAAGAUGAUUAUAUCUCUGGCGCCAGUAAACCACGCAGGAAACGUAGUUCCAGUUCUAGUUCUAGUCCCUUUAAGGAUAAGAAACGAAAGAAGGAUAAAGAUAUAGCAACGCAGAAGGAUAUGCUUGAACAACUUCCGCCAACAAAUCACGACCGGUUAACAGAAAAGCCACCGGCUGCUUCUGUUGUACCCCCAUACAGCUUACCUCCCUUACAACAACAAUUACUACUACAACCAACAGUAACGUCACCAAAGACGACGACAACAACAGUGGCCCCUCCACCUGUCCUAUUUCCACCUCUCCAAAAUAACACAAAUGUCCCGCCAUUACAACCGCCCCAACAACCAACGACGGGAGGUACUGUCCGAGUUUAUCGUUCGUACUUCGAACGAAAUGACGAUGUCAUGGGUGAAGGUCAUUGUGAUGCAACACUUCUUGAAGAAGCUGUUCGGAGAAAACAUGCCGCUGACAGGGAAACCAAUUCAUUUGAUCAGGUUACGCUGUAUCUUGAAGCGGCGUUAUACUUUCUCCUUUCUGGUGCCGAAAUGGAACAGGAUAAACGUACAGAGAAGGCUGCCUGGACCAUGUACAAGGAUACGUUAGCCUUAAUUAAAUUUAUUUCGACUAAAAUUCGAAGUCAGCAAACUGCGCCUAAUGGCCAAGCUGACAACCAUAAUAAAGUUGCAAUAUUAAGCCUUCGAUGCCAAUCUUUGAUCUCGCUAAAGCUUUAUAAAAUGAAACGUAUCGAUUGUGUUGAAGUUCUUAAAAUAAGCAAUGAUUUCUUUGCCAAAGGUAGUACGGAAAUUGUUAAUGGUAAUACACCAUCAUCAAUAUCACCUACAAAUUCAGUGUGCUCACAGGGUUCUGGGUCUAAUACACCACCAGCUCAAAUGGUACCAUUGAAUGUGCAUAUCGCUCUUCAAAAGCAAACACAAUUUUUUAACUAUUUCAUAAGCUGUCAUGAUUUAUGGGACCAGGCAGAUAUGUUAGUUAAAAAAGGAAAUCAUACUGAUUUCUUUAUUGCUCUCGACCACGAUUAUGGUCCCUUAACUUUACACAGCACAAUUUAUGACGUUUUUAAGUACGUCCAAGCUGGACUGAAAAAACUUAAAGAGAUGAAGGUUGAACCCGUCAAAUAUAAUUAAGAGUUACAUCAAAAGAAAACAAAAAACAAAAUUUAAUAAUACUAUAAAAUUAGUUUAGCUGUAGUUUUUAGUUUCACAAUCCACCAACAUCAUCAUCAGAAUUAUAUAUUGUUGAUAAAAAUAAAUGAUUCGAUUUUCUAUAAAUAUAUAUAAAAUAUUUAAAAAAUAAGUUUUUUUUUUAAAUAAAAUUGUAUAGAAAUAUAUUUAUAUAAAUCUUAUUGUUUAUGUUUAAAAAAAAGAAUUUUUUUAAUGAAAAAGAAAAAUAGUUUUAAUGUGUUUUUUGUUCGAUGUACUAUAAUUUUAAUAUAAAUAAAUUAAAAACAAACUGAACUGAUGAACACAGAAGUCAAGUUCAGUUAAAAUAUGUAUAAAAAAUUGAUUAUUUAAAUAAAAGAAGAAACAAAAAAAAACUAAAUGUUUUCACAAAUCUUUAAAAAAAAACAAAAAAACUUUAAUCACAAUUUUAGUUUUUAUUUUAAGUAGCUAAAUAUUAAAACAAACAAAAUAAGAAACAACACAAAAAACAACUAAGAAAACAAAACAAAAGAAAAUCAUUUAGUGGGUAAAAUAUAUUAUUAUUAAUUAAUUAUAAUUAUUCAUUAUUGUGUAUAGCUCUAUUGUUAAAACGAUUAAGAAAACAACCAGAAAAACAAACAAAAUAAUUACAAAAUUUUAUCCAACGAUACGGAAAAAUAAAAUCAAAUUAAAGAAAAAGAAAAUAUUAAAAAAAAAAACUAUUUAAGAUAAUAAAAUAAAUUACUUAUUAAUUUAAAUCAAAAUCAAACAAAAUUAUUAAUUAUUUAGUAAUAUAUAUACAACAGACACAUACACACACACUUUUAGGGAAAGUAAGAUAAAACAAACAAAAAUACAAACAACAUUUUUGUAUAGUUAAUAUUUUCCUUUUGUUUUGUAUUGAAUGCUUCAAUGCGGAUGUAAACAAUUUUUGAUUAUUAUUAAUUAUUGUUUAGUCUAUAGUUAUUAAUUUUUUAUAUACGUACGUUACUAAUGCGUAUACAAAAAUUGUAUAUUAUUGUAAUUGUAAAACUCAGUACUUAUUGAUUAAGUUUAGGAUUUAAAUAAAACUAAAACAAACAAAAUAAUUAGAUGAAAAUGUGAAGGGAAAAGAAACAACACACAAUGAUGGUGUAGAUGAGAAACAAAAAGAAACCAAAAAAUAAAACAAUUUCUAAAUAAAAUUAAACAAGAACAUAAUUUGAACAACAAACAAAAAUCACAAACAAAAAUAAUACAAUUUAUUAAUUUCAUCAAAAACAUAAAAGAAGCAUACACAUUUAAUAAAACAAAAACAAAAGCAACAACAAAAAAUAGAAAUAAACUCUGGCAAUAUUAUAUUAGAACUAAAAACAAAAUAGAAUUAACUAUUUAAAAAACAAAGAAGUCAAAAUAAAGUGCGCUUUAAUGAGGGCAUUUGGGGGAGAGAGCAAGGAAUUUUUUUUUACAUAAUAAACAUAUAUAUGAGUAUAUACUUAUUGUUAGCUUAAACGGUGUACAUAUAACUUUGAAAAAAUAGAAAAUCGAAAGGAUUUCUUUUUGUUUUUUAUUUUUAUAUUUUAAAAAAAACGCAAAACUAACUAAGAACAUAAAUCAAAAGAAAAAAACUCAAAAUAGAUAAAAUAUUUCCUUUUUAAAACUAAUAUACAGUCUUUUUUGUUUUUUCAUGUUUAUCUACCUUUUUUUGUGUUUAAAUCAAUUUUAUUAAAAAAUUGUGUCAAUUUGAUCAAAAAGACCGGGAAUUAGUUACAUGUGAUGUUGUCAAAAGUCUUUAGCAGUCUUCUUACAUAAGAUAUGCAUGUGUGAUAUAUGUAUGUACAUGGGCUCCUGGAAGUAGGGAAUUCUGAUAAAUGGGAAGAUCUUUUGGAUAUGUCUGAGCAAUUUUAGCCAAUAGUUGUGUACUAAAGUCUUGUAUUACGUUACUUAAGGACUGUUUUUAAAGAUUGCGUUUUCAACAGUAGAUUCAUUGUUUUGGCCUUAAGUAAAAAGUUAGUUCCCUUCAAUAUUCAGUUUUUAUUGUUAAAGUUAAUUUUAGGCCAUUUGAACAUUAAAGCAAACGUUUGUGUAAAAUUAAGGAUGGUAAACUUUGACGUUCAAAUAGAAAAACAUAUUCUAUGCCAAACAUUUGCCCUUUGAAUUUAACCUACAAUUUGAGAAUCCAGAAAUUAGCUAAUUUCAAAAUUUGUUCGCGCUGAAUCGAACGUUCAAUUUACUAUUUGUAAUGACGCUAAUACAUAUUUAAUGUUCGUGUCCAUUAGUAAAAAAGUCAUUCUUAGCGAUAACUUCAUUCUCUGGGAUAUCAUAAAUUAAAUUGAAUAAAGUUUACCAAUAAAUUAAAAUUGUGAUUGAAACUUGAUCUUUUUGUCAGAACAAACAUAGAAAAUAUGGUCACUGAAAAUGUACACUAACCAUGCAUGAAACGUAUGGAAACGCGUUUAUUUACUUUCUAAUUUAUUUGAUUAAAGCCUUAUUUAGAAUGGUGUGAGCUUUAAAACAAAACUUUCAACUAAUUCAUAUCGUUGCAGUUUCCUCGCUUCAAAACAAUUAUUUGAAUGUCUUUCGUACAAAAUGUAUGAAUCAAUUUAAAUUAUUAAGACUUCAAAUUCAGUUCUUUACGAUGCAUCAAUUAAAGAAAACCUUUUCCAUCUAUUAUGGAGUUCAUUUUUACCUACAACUAAACUUUGCUUACUUCUUUUGUGUAAUCAGCCUAAGCUUCUUUUUCCUUUUUUAUUACGAAGAUAGAGAGAUUUUUACAAAGCUACCUUACUACACCGAUCAUUUGGCAUUUCCCAAACGUUUUUUUUUGUAAAUAAAGAAAGGUUGGUAAUUAGGUAAUAGUUUCAGUAUUUGAUUUAUUUUAAAAUUAUACUUCACUUAAUACUAAAAACAUUAAAUCAAAGAGUAUCUUUCGUGGUAUAACAACUUUUUAAUAUAUCAACACAUCAAUUCUUGUAUGCAUCAAUUAGAUGACAAAAAAUCAAAUAUAAUUUUGUAUAUCUUCUUUUGCAUGUUUUAUUUUUGAAAUUACACAAUAAUUUCCAAUACAAUUCCUGAUACUAUUUGCAUUAAUGACAAUAUUAAUUGUAUCCAAAUUUUCAAAUUUAAAUUGAUUAAAAAGUUGUGAAGUUUAAAAAUGUAAUCUUUCAUGGUAAUGGAUUAGUUUUUCAUAAAUACAAUUGAAACUUGGUACCCAUGAACAAAUCAAAACUAUGUACGCAGUUCUGUUCAGUUCGGAUUGAUAUUAUUUUCAAAACCAUCCAAAAUAAAACAAACAUUUAGGGCAACAUUAAUGUGUAGCUACAUUCGAAGUUUAUCAAUUUCAGUUGUUUAAUGCACGAACUAAGUAUUGGUGAUACCAAUUCUCAAUUGAACAUUAUUAAAAAUGUAUUUAUUUAAUUCCUUUAGUUAAAAUCCCUUAGUUGCGGAUAUUUAACACCUUCAUUUCGGGGUUAAUGUUUGUUGCAUGAAUAGAAUUUAUAUUUAAAAAAUUGUCAAUUAUUCAUGUCGAUUACUAAAUUCGUGAAACAAGACUCAAUCGCAAUGCUAUUGUGUCUUGUUUUCUCAUAAUAUUUAAGUGGAUAAGAAAUUAAUAAUAAGGAAUUAUUUACUGGACCUUGUUUUUUCUUUGAUUUUUUUAUUAACGACUAUGAUAAAGUUUAAAUUUGUCGUAUACUUUGAAUACAGAUUUUUGUAAUAAAAAGACCCGUCGAAUAAGAGUACAUAUGUGUUUAUAUAAUUUAUUUAUUAAAUCACAGGCACGAAAUAAAUCUUUAUUUUAGAAACUUCAAAUUAAUUUCUUUGUUGUACACAUGCCUUCCUAUUAAUUAUUAAAAUAACCUUUUAUUUUAAUUGUUCGUCACCCUAUUUGCCAGACCUUAAAAAUCACCAAGUUCUGUAGAACUUUCUAUCAGUUCUUCAAAAUAGUGUUUUACUUAACAACAACAAAAAAGCUACAUAUGCAUUGCUGGAU